CAAACCGCCGCGCAUCCACACACUGCUUGCUUGCUUGCUUGUGUCGCGCUUGGUGGAAAAGUAGUGAAAAAAUCGGUCCGACGCGUUUUAGGGAGAUUUUUCCUUCUAUUUUUCGGCGGAAAAUUGCAGCCAAAAGUGGCAUUAGUUAGUCGGUCGUAAUGUCGGUUCCGCCGGUUGCCGGAAUGCAGCACUUUCCGCCGGCGAUGGUACCGUUCAGUGUUCCACCGCCCGGGUUCGGUGCCCCUGAUGGGGCUGCAGCGGUGGCGGCGGCUCUACCCGCGAUGAUUCCGCUGGUUGCCGCCGGAGGGAUGAUCAGUGAGUGGACCGAGCACAAGGCUCCGGACGGUCGAGUGUACUACUACAACAGUGUGACCAAGCAGAGUUUGUGGGAAAAACCGGACGAACUGAAAUCUCCGGCGGAAAAGCUGUUGUCCCAGUGCCCCUGGAAGGAACAUCGAUCGGAUCAGGGUAAGGUCUACUACCACAAUAUCAACACGAAGGAAUCGCAAUGGGUGGCGCCGCCGGAGUACUUGGAGCUGAAGGAGAAAGUGGAUGCGGAAAAGGCGGCCGCCGAUGCGGCGAAGGCAGCUGCUUUGAAGACGGUGGCGGCGGUAUCAGGAGGAAUACCGAUGAUGAUUCCACCGGUGGUAAUGCCGGCAGUGAUGUCUCCAGCGCUGGCGGCCAGCGAAUCGGUUACUUCACUGGCAUCGCUUACGGGAGUUACUCCCGGAUCGGCGGAGAAUUCCUCAUCGGCGCUGGACCAGGCAAUGGCGGCGACGUUAGCCGCGAUAGAAGUUCCAGAAGAUCCCGAGCCAAAGAAGGAGGAAGCGGAGGAGGAGAAGCCACCGGUUGAAGAGGAACCAGUUAUUGAGUUUAAAGACAAGAAGGAGGCCAUUGAGGCGUUCAAGGAGUUCCUCAAAGAGAAGAACAUCCCCUCCAGUGCGAACUGGGAACAAUGCGUGAAGAUUGUUCAGAAAGAUCCCAAGUUCAACGUGUUCAAGAAGCUGCAGGAGAAAAAGCAAGCAUUUAACGCCUAUAAAACGCAGAAGCAAAAGGACGAAAAGGAGGAACAGCGUCUGAAGGUGAAAAAGUCCAAGGAGGAAUUGGAAAAGUUCCUCAUGUCCUCGGACAAAAUGAACUCUACUCUGAAAUACUACCGCUGCGAUGAGCUGUUUGCCAAUCUGGACGUGUGGAAAACAGUUCCGGAGCAGGAUCGCCGGGACAUCUACGAGGAUUGCAUAUUCAACCUGUCGAAACGAGAGAAGGAAGAAGCAAGAGUUCUCAAGAAGCGAAAUAUGCGUGUUUUGGGCGAGCUCCUGGAAGCGAUGACUUCGGUCACCUAUCAAACAACUUGGUCCGAAGCGCAGGUGAUGCUCCUGGAGAAUUCGUCUUUUAAAAAUGACGUCAACUUGCUCGGCAUGGACAAGGAAGACGCCCUCAUAGUAUUCGAAGAACACAUUCGCACCUUAGAGCGCGAAGAAGACGAAGAGAAGGAACGGGAGAAAAAGCGUCUCAAGCGACAGCAGCGCAAGAACCGGGAUCAAUUCCUCGCCCUCCUAGACACCUUGCAUGAGGAAGGUAAAUUGACUUCCAUGUCCCUUUGGGUGGAACUCUAUCCGAUCAUCUCCGCGGAUUUGCGAUUUUCCGCCAUGCUCGGCCAGAUCGGUUCCACCCCGCUCGAUUUGUUCAAAUUCUACGUGGAGAAUCUGAAAGCUCGCUUCCACGACGAAAAGAAGAUCAUCAAGGAGAUCCUCAAGGAAAAGGAGUUCUUCGUGCAAUCCAUUACGACGUUCGAAGAUUUUGCCACCGUCGUGUGCGAGGACAAGCGCUCGGCCACCCUGGAUGCCGGCAACGUCAAGCUCACGUACAACUCCCUGCUGGAAAAGGCCGAAGCGGCCGAGAAGGAACGCCUCAAAGAGGAAACCCGUCGCAUCCGGAAGAUGGAGAACGAACUCAAAGGCAUUUGGAUCGAGGCUGGUCUCUCCGCGGUGGACAGUUGGGAAACGGCUCAGAAGUUGGUGCUCGAUCUGGAGGUGUACGAUGCCUAUGAGAAGGAAGACAAGGUGGAACGACUGUGGGAGGAAUUCAUCAAGGAGGCGGAAGACUCCUGCAGCCAUCACCAUUCGCGGUCGAAGAAGUCCAAGAAAAACCGGAAGCACAAGAAGAAGUCCCGAUCGUCUUCAAAAUCGGAAUCGGACGCUUCGGAGCCGGAAUAUGAGAAACCCUCGAAGAAAAAGCGCAAGUCCAGAUCCCGAUCACGCACCAAGACGUCGGAAUCGGAAAGCGACCAACAAAGUGAGCGCGAGCGGAAGCGCAAGAAGAAGAAAAAGCACCGCAAGCAUUCGCCUUCGCCGUCCUACGACGAGGGUGCCCUUGUGGAAGCCAAGAACGGUCGCGGAACUCCUUCACGUUCUCCUUCGCCGGAGGUCGAACGGAAGAAGAAAAAGAAAGACAAAAAGAAGAAGGAAAAACGCCGGUCCCGCUCGGUAAGCAGUAACCGCCAUCGGACGCCGGAGAAUGGUGGUGGCGGCGGCGGCGGCCGUAACGGUGGUGCAUCCGCUUCGCCCAAGAUUUCCGACGACGCAGCCCUGUCCGAAUCGGAGCUGGAAUCGCAACGGGCAGCCCUUUUGGCCCAGCUGAACGAACAGAUGAUAGACGAGUGAUCCUUGUGGGACCCGGUCGGUGCGUUCCGGACCGGACUGGGCAGAGGUGGACGAUGAACGAUUCUUCAAUUGUAUCAGAACAGCUUUGAUGGAUGAAUAAUUAUGGAGCGAGCUGCUGCUGAAGCAACGCAAGUAGCAAGUAAGUGUAUCUCUAUGAUCCUAGCCAAUAGAAAGGGAUUACGAUUAUAAGGAUAUUAUUGAAGGUAAGA